ACAUUGCCACCUUGCUGCACUCAACAGCCUUCCCCAGCCAUCCUGAAGCCAAGCAACCUUGGUGCCAUGGUGGUUCUCCGCUCUCGCAGCCCCGUGGCAGUGGCUGUGCUGUGCGCCGCGCUGUUCGCCGUGCAGGCCUUCGUGGCCCCUCGCGCCUCUCCGAGCGCCGCUCACAGCGCCGCGGUGCGUUCGGAGCCCGCGGCGUUCAGGCCAGUCCAGGAUGAAGGUGAGAUCGGCAUCAGUGCUAGUGCCCUGGUUGGUCUUUGGGCUGCUGCGGGCCUUACCGUCGCCGGCCGCACAGCCCUGCGGGCAGAGGAGUCUCCGAAGGAAGAGAAGAAGCCGUUCAACGUUUGGGAGCCUGACACCUACGGCAACAUCUCAAUGGAUGACGUCAAGAAGUACGGCGCUGCAGGUACCCUCUCCUACGUCAUCACCGAGCUUCUCUUCUGGGCCAUUGCCUUCCCUACGGAGUGCAUUGUGUAUCUGAACACUGCCGGUCACUGGCCGGACUUCAGCAAGCCGGAGGAAAGCGCAGCUGUCUUUGGCCUGGUCUUUGCAGCCUCUAACAUUGCCCGGCUGUUGCUGCCGCUGCGCUUUGGUGCCGCCUUGGCCAUGGCACCAUGGGUUGAUGAGAACAUCAUGCAGAGAUUCAAGGAGGAGGCCAAGGAGGGCGCCUAAAUCUUUAAGAGGUUGGACGCCACGGUUUUUCAGGCCGUCUUUGCCGUCGGUGCACGUCUCUCGCAUCCCAAGCAGAAUGUAAUCGACUGUAAUCAUACUGGGACGCAAGAGAUGCGCACGCGAUGGCUUUGGCCGCAUGAUUUUCGCCCGAACACCCAUGAGCUGCUUGUGGCUGUUGCAUUGGGCCGCUGUCCACAGCGAAGCUGGAGAACAGAAAGCCAAGGCCGCGACUCGUAGCGCCUUUUCGGAUUUCUUGGGCUUUGCGUGCGUUGGGCCAAGAUGCCCAGAUAGCCGCAACGAGCACUAGGUGCUUCCGCUCAGAAGCCCAGCAGGCAAAGCGACGCUUC